AUGGCCGAGGAGCAGGAGGGCCCCGCCGCCGCCGCCGCCGCCGCCGCCCUCAUCCGCCUCACGGCCAAGGCGCCCGGCGCCGCCGCGCAGCUCGUGCUGCGCGAGGCGUGCACCGUGCGGCAGCUCCGGGCGCGGCUCGCGCGGCGCUUCGGCUGCGAGCCCUGCCGGCUGGUGCUGGUCUUCUUCGGGCGCAUCCUGCAGGACCAGGACUCGCUGCGCCAGUGCGGCGUGCGCGACGGGACGACGGUCCACCUGCUGAUCCGGCCGCCGAAGCGGGAGGCGGUGCGCCCGCCCUCCCCGCCCGCCUUCGCGCCCGCGCCCUCCCCCGGCGGCCCGCCGCCCUCCGGAGGCAGCCCGCCCCCCGCCGCGGGCGGCCCGGGCUCCUGGGCGGCCCCGGAGACGAGCCCCUGCGGCGCAGGCUGGCAGCUGGUGCCCCCCUCGGAGACGGUGGUCCAGAAGGUGCGGCAGGUGCUCCUGGCCAACCCGGAGAUCCAGCAGCUGGCCCAGCGGGUCCCGGCCGUCGGCCACAUCCUCAACAAUGCGGACAUCGUGUGGGUGAUCCUGGACAAGAUGCGGGAGAUCAUGGGCUGGGUGCGGAGCCCCAGCCUGCCGCAGGAGCCGAAGAGCCCGGAGCAGCCCUCGGGGGGCCUCUGGAGCAGCGCUCCUGGCGGGGACAGCCCCUCGCGGCCACCGAGCAGCGAAUCGCAGGAGCCGGGGCUUGGACGGGGACCGGACUCCUCUGCUGCCCCCAGCCCCUGUGGCCCCCUGGCAUGGGGGUCCUGGCCGGAGCACGCGGGCCUCUGGGGGCCGGGGCUGCACGCAGAGGGCCAGGAGGGCUGCCUGCCCCUCUCGCUCAGCUCCACCAGCCUUUGCCCCGGCGGCUCCCGCCCUGACGAGGGUGGCCCCUUCAGCGGCUUGGCCCGUCCUCUAGAGCACGGCGCCCCCCUGCCCGCCCCCGGCGUGGCGGGCAUCCCGGCCCCGGGCUCCGCAGAGAUCCCCCUGCGGAUCGUGAGCCUCUGCAACGCCUACACCAAGCACAUGAUGCUGUCGCUCAUGUGGGGCUCUCUGCUGGCUGUGGGGGGCGGCCAGGCGGCGCCCCGGGAGCACGUCCAGCAGCAGCUGCUGCGCUUCUCGCAGCAGAUGCGGAGCCCCGAGAUGGUGGCUGCCAUGGCCAACCCCAAGGCCAUCCAGGCCUGGGUGCAGAUGGAGCAGGGCCUGCAGACGCUGCUGGCGGAGGCCCCCGUGCUCGUGCCCUGGUUCAUGCUGCGCCUGAGGGGGCUGGGGUGCUCGGCCGGGGCGGUCCCCUGGCCCCAGGACCCGCCGGGCCCGGGGCCAGCCGGCUCCGAAUGA